GCUCGUAACGGAAGGACGUGUUUUUUUGUAGUUUGCGCCCCGGCACCGAGGGAUCGAACCUCCGGCCGAAUUUGUUCCGUGUGCAUCGUACUGUGACAGUGGGGCAGUGUGCGUUUCUUUCUACAUUUGCUGCAGUUUUAUUCAACAAGUGGUGGUUAAUAAACGAUUUUUUCUACUUCCCUGCUUCCACCAACCAUGCGGACAGUUUAGCAUAUUCCAAGUGCGCAGUGUGUGAGUGUGUGUUUUAAGUCGUGUGGCAGAUCAAAAGUGUGCAGUUUUUUUUUUUUUAAUGCCAGUGGUCUGUAUAGUGGUCGAACUUGAACAACAUUCCAGCAGUUUUUGCCCAAUUGACCUCGACGUUCGAAGAAGAGCCGCGUCCCCUCCACUAACCGAGCAGAAGGGUCGGGAAUUGAUUUGAUUGAGUGAUUUUAUUCGUGUCUGCGCGUGUGUGUGUUUGUGUGGGUUUGUGUAAUUGUGUGUACUAACCUGCGUACGAACGAUGGCGGACGAAAGCCUGCACGUACCGGACACCAGCAUCGACUUCCACAUCGUCCAGCUGUUCGAGCGGCUCGAGGCGAUGCGCAAGGAACCGGGCCAGAAGCUGUCCCGGUCGUUGCAGGGACGCAUCAACAUGCACACCGAGCUGCGCAGUCUGGAGCUAUGGAGAUCGAUUACGUGCGAAAGUUUGGCCUCCUUCUUCUACGUGUUUAUUGUGUGCGGUGCGGCGGCGGGUGCCGGGGUCGGCGCGAGCGUAUCCUCCGUCCUGCUGGCCACCGCCCUGUCGUCCGGCUUUUCCAUGAUUGCGCUAACGCAGUGUUUCCUGCACAUUUCGGGUGCCCAAGUUAACCCGGCCGUGUCGAUCGGGAUGCUUGUCUCGCGCCAAAUUUCACCACUGCGUGCCCUGCUGUACAUUGUGGCGCAAAGUGGCGGUUCUAUUGCUGGUGCGGCCCUGCUGUAUGGUGUCACCGUGCCCGGUUAUCAGGGCAAUCUGCAGGCGGCCGUUUCCCACAGCUCAUCCCUCGCCGCCUGGGAGCGGUUCGGGGUCGAGUUCAUACUGACGUUCAUCGUCGUGCUGGCGUACCUCAUCUCGACCAGCUCGUUCAAGAAGUACUUCGGCUCGUCCGCGAUCGCCAUCGGUGCGGCGUACAGUGCGUGCAGCUUCGUAUCGAUGCCCUAUCUGAACCCGGCCCGCUCGCUCGGUCCCUCGUUUGUGCUGAACAAAUGGGACAACCACUGGGUGUACUGGGUCGGACCGAUGGUUGGCGGUGCCGUGUCCGGUGUGCUGCACGAGUUCAUCUUUAGCGCGAAGCGCUCCUCCAAGCGCACCAAGGACGACGUCGACUCGAGCCUAAACUCCGAGGACGACAUCAACUACGACAUGGACCUGGAGAAACCUCAGCAGCAGCCACCGCACCAGGGCAAGUACCAUCAGUACCGGCCACCGAGCGGCACUCUGACCGGUAGUCAGCAACGCUACUGUCAAAGCAUCUACACGGCCGAACCGACGUCCAAGGUGGAGCGCGUUGAACCGAUCUACGGCGGUACCAAGUCCAUGUACUGCAAGUCACCGCCGCUGACGCGUGCCAACCUGAACCGGUCGCAGUCCGUGUACGCCAAGAGCAACACCGCACUGAACCGUGACCUGCCGGUACGUUCCGGUCCGCUAGUGCCCGCCCAAAGCCUGUACCCGCUGCGCGUGUCGGCCGCACCGCAGACACACCUCCAGAACCAGAACGUACAGAACCAGCUGCAGCAGCGCUCCGACAGUAUCUACGGCAUUCGCAGCUCGAUGCGGCAACCGGGCCCACCCAGCGACGGGCGCAUGGGCUCCCAGAUGCCACCGCAGAUGGCACCGCUCGGUGAUGGGCCACCGGGGCAGGGCUUCCAGCCAAUAUACGGCUCGCGCAACAAUCCCAACUGCUCGACCGAUGCGCUCAAGUUCGACCGUCAGGAUCCCAACAGCCGUGACGAACCGCCCAACUGCAAGUUCUCGCGCGGCAACGCCACCAACCGGCCGGAAUCGAUGUAUGGUGGGGCCGCCGGCCAGCGGCGCAUCCACUCGGCCCAAUCGGACGACAGCUCGUACGGCUCGUACCAUGGCCCCGGGCCAGCACUGACGCCCCCGACGCGUAACGCUAGCAACAGCAGCAGCACCUACAACCCGGUCGUCGGUACCGUGCUGCCCAACUACGAACGGAAGACGUCCUCAUCGUCCUCCUCGAACCAGCAGCAACAGCAACAGCAACAGCAGCAACAGCAGCAAUCGCGCAACGGCCAGAAUGGUACGGCCAGCAUACAGAACACUAGCUUGCCGCCACCACCACCACCACUGCACCACACGAUGCCAUACGCGAUGCAUUCCGUGAGACAGAACUAGAUCCUCCAAAUACUCCCCUUUCCAGAAAACACUAAGCUAGUUACUCCAAACUGAUCGAGCACGAUCGGUCGCGGAGCUAGAAUGUAAGUGCAUUGAAUGUGUGCGUUUUGUUUGUGUUUGAGUGAUUUUUGUUUAUUGUGCUGUGUGCUUGUGUGCGUGUGUGUGAGUGUUCCUCUUAAUGUUUAAGUUUCACCCUCAAACCGUUCGGUUUCGGGUGGCGACAAACCUUUUUCUUCGGAAAUUUCCCCAGUGAGCUAAGCGUAGAGUCGAUUGCGAUUGACCCUAAACCGGAUGGAUUGACUGUUUCGAUUGAUCGUGAUCAAUUGAUCCAGCAGCGAUCUCGGUCAAUUGCGGUUAACGGCAAUCAAUUUAUAUAUAAAUCCUAAUAUCCCCCCCCCCCCCCCCCCCCCCUGGGACCUCGCUAAAGGUCUCGCCUCUCUCAACUCCCGCUCAACUGGGACCUCGCCUCUCUCAACUCCCACCUGGGACCUCGCUAAAGGUCAGUCUACACACGCUUGUAAAUGGUGCCGACAUUCGAUAGCUGAGCGUUCUUCCCCAAACCCUCACAAUCCGGUUGAUAAUAAGACUGAAUUCAUCUCCAAACUACGAUCACUCGUUAUCGGUUUCGAAUAGCUAGUGCGGAUUGUUUCCAGAAAUGCCAUAUCGUGUGUCAGUUAUACAUUAAAAUCUUGUACUCAAGAGAACGCGAAAGAAGACAGACAAAGCAGAGACGUUUGGAUGAUUUCUUUAGACGCACACUUUAUGCGAAUUCCAAAGCUCAGACUGACUUAACAAAUUUGUAUAGUAAGGUUAUUUUCUUAUCAGUUCCAUCUGGGUUCAGUUUUGAUGAACUCGUUUAUAAGUUUUACACUUCCCCCUUCUAGUACAAAUGUAAAUAGAUAGACAUGUGGAGGUUGUUUUAUGUUUUAUGUUUUUACGCUUUUAAUUUUAUUUUAUUUUUGCGAGUAGACAUUCAUGUAUCGAGGUCAGUUUGAUGCGUAAAAUUGAAGGAAGGAAUUGUUGUAGGAAGAACGAGUAAAAGUUUAGAAGAACUAAAGCAAUGCACACGAUAAAUGUAUCGACCAUGUUAGUAGCUUCGACUGUAUCGGUACACUGACGCUGUGUUGUAUUGACGCAAAGUUGAAUUGUUCAUAGAUUUAUUGAAGAAAAAAUAGUAUUAUACUGCGUGAGAUAGGAGCUUGAUGCUUGUGCGUCUUUCGAACGGUUUCGUGCACUGUACAUAUUUAUUUGUGAUUAACCUAGACCAGAAUGUAACGACUUUAACAAAUUGUAGCAACACAUCGAAUUGAAGCUAAAAUAUAUAACAAA